AGGGCUUCCCGCGCCCGGGAGCGCCGAGGGCUCGCCUGGCGGAGCUUAGUGCAGCUUGCUCGGCGCAGCCCGCGGGCGGGGUGGACACUGGGCUUCUGUGUGCCGGCAGCAGCCGUUGGUUGGCGGCCGCCCAACCCUGGGGCAUGCCCCCGGAGCCUGGCCAGCUCGCACGGUGAAAGAUCAGUUUGGUGCAAGGUUGACCCUGGCUGCUGGCAGAAGCCGGCGGCGGAGCCCAGGUGCUGGGGACGCUGUGGUCGGCUCGCGGGGCUGCAGCUGCGGGGGCCGGGCACCCCGGGCUCCGGGAAGGAGGAGGCAUGGCCUCGGUGUUCAUGUGUGGAGUGGAGGACUUGCUGUUCAGCGGCAGCCGCUUCGUGUGGAACUUGACCGUGUCCACGCUGCGGAGAUGGUACACAGAGAGGCUGCGAGCUUGCCACCAGGUGCUGCGGACGUGGUGCGGGCUGCAGGACGUGUACCAGAUGACAGAAGGCAGGCACUGCCAGGUGCACCUGCUGGAUGACAGGAGGCUGGAGCUGCUGGUUCAGCCCAAACUUUUAUCAAGAGAGUUGCUGGACCUUGUGGCUUCACAUUUCAACCUGAAAGAGAAGGAGUACUUUGGAAUCACAUUUACAGAUGACAUAGGUCAGCAGAACUGGCUACAGUUAGAUCACCGAGUUCUUGACCAUGAUUUGCCCAAGAAACCAGGCCCAACCAUUUUGCACUUCGCUGUGAGAUUUUACAUCGAGAGCAUAGCGUUUUUGAAGGAUAAAACCACCGUGGAGCUGUUUUUCCUGAACGCGAAGUCCUGCGUGCACAAGGGGCAAAUCGAAGUGGACAGUGAAACGGUCUUCAAGUUGGCAGCGCUGGUUCUGCAGGAAGCCAAAGGGGAUCACACCAGUGAUGAAAAUGCCAGGAAAGAUUUAAAGACACUGCCAGCCUUUCCAACCAAAACUCUUCAGGAACAUCCAUCACUUGCUUACUGUGAGGACAGGGCAAUUGAGCAUUAUUUGAAAAUCAGAGGUCUGACUCGGGGUCAAGCUGUGGUUCAGUAUAUGAAAAUAGUAGAAGCUCUCCCGACUUACGGAGUGCAUUAUUAUGCAGUAAAGGAUAAACAAGGACUCCCUUGGUGGCUUGGGAUCAGCUAUAAAGGAAUUGGCCAGUAUGACUUACAAGAUAAGGUGAAACCUCGGGAACUAUUCCAAUGGAAACAGCUGGAGAACUUAUAUUUCCGUGAGAAAAAAUUUGCUGUUGAAGUUCAUGAUCCACGGAGGAUUUCCGUGUCAAGAAGAACCUUUGGGCAAAGUGGCCUCUUUGUGCAGACCUGGUAUGCCAACUCUUCUCUCAUCAAGUCCAUCUGGGUAAUGGCCAUUAGUCAGCACCAGUUUUACUUGGAUCGGAAGCAAAGCAAGGCAAAGAUUCCUUCAGCGAGAAGUUUAGACGACAUCGCGAUGGAGUUGACAGAGGCAGGAACACCGAGGACCUCCAAACUGGUCACUCUGGAGGCAAAGAGCCAGUUCAUCAUGGCCAGCAACGGCAGCUUCAUCUCCUCGGGUUCUCAAGACUCCGAAGUUUGUGAGGAGCAAAAGAGGGAGAAAAUCCUUGAACUCAAGAAGAAGGAAAAACUGUUGCAAGAAAAGCUCCUGAAAAAAGUCGAGGAGCUUAAGAAGAUCUGUUUGCGGGAGGCUGAGCUCACAGGCAAAAUGCCAAAGGAAUACCCGCUGAGCAUAGGUGAGAAACCUCCUCAGGUCAGAAGGCGUGUAGGUACCGCGUUCAGAUUAGAUGACAACUUGCUGCCCAGUGAAGAGGACCCUGCUCUGCAAGAGCUGGAGAGCAACUUCCUCAUACAGCAAAAGCUGGCGGAAGCUGCAAAGAAACUUGCCAAUGAGCCAGACCUAUGUAAAACUGUCAAGAAAAAACGAAAGCAAGAUUACACAGACGCAAUGAAAAAGCUUCAGGAGAUCGAAAAUGCGAUAAAUGAACGCCGGAUUAGAUGUGGGAAGAAACCGAGCCAGAAAGGGACGGCUACUUUACCAGAAGACAUAAUCCCCUCGGAGAGCAGCUCUUUGUCCGACACUACCACCUGUGAUGAUCCCAACGACGCCUUCACUCUGGCUGGGCAGCGAUCAAGUUCAGCGCCUCGUUCUCCAGGACUUCUGCCCCCGAAGUCUCUGGGCAUUGAGCGGAUCCACUUCAGAAAGCCCUCGCUCAGCGAGCAGCUGGCGGAGGCCAGGCAGUCCAGAGAAAUGCUGUCGACACACAGCAGCCCUUACAAAACCCCGGAGAGGCGGCCGCAGGGAGGACGAAGCAUGCCCACCACCCCUGUGCUCACCCGAAACGCCUACAGCAGCAGCCACCUGGAGCCCGAGUCCUCAUCGCAGCACCUCCGCCAGCGGAGCGGCAGCCUGGAGUCCCAGUCACACCUGCUGCUGGACACGGACCACGACAGGCCGUUCUUCUCCAUCUGCAAAUCCCAGAGGAGCAGCAGCACCGAGGUCCUGGACGACGGGUCCUCCUGCACCAGCCAGUCCAGCGCCGAGUACUACUGCGUGACGCCGGUGGCAGGCCCCUGUCACAGCGCCCACACCCUGGACACCCGUGCCCGGAGCCGGAGGAGGUCCAAGAAACAGAACGCUUCCACCUCCAAUUCGGGGAGCAUGCCUAACCUUGCCCAGAGGGACAGCCUGAGGAACGGCGGCUACGCCAAGAGCCACGAGCAGCCCUCUUCCAGCUACUACAUCGCUGGGUACACGCCAUAUGCAGAGUGUGACCUUUAUUACAGCGGUGGCUACGUCUACGAGAAUGACACGGAAGGACAGUACAGUGUCAAUCCUUCCUACCGCUCCUCGGCCCACUAUGGAUCCGACCGCCAGCGGGACUACAGCAGGUCCUUCCAUGAAGACGAGGGGGACCGCGUGCCCCAUAACCCAUAUGCAACCCUCCGGCUGCCGAGGAAGGCCGCCGCGUCCGAGCGCAUCACCAAGAACAUCCACAAGGCCUUAGUUGCAGAGCACCUGCGUGGCUGGUACCAGCGGGCCUCGGGGCAGAAGGAGCAGGGGCACAGCCCCCAGACCAGCUUCGACUCGGACAGGGGCCUCCAGAGGCUGCAGCUGCCCUGCUCUCCAGGCAGCCGCGCGUCCUCCUACUCUUCAGUGUCUUCUACAAAUGCCUCUGGGAGCUGGAGGACUCAGAUAACAGUAGGGCUUUCUGAAUACGAGACCCCAGCACGUCCUUCUUACCCCAGCUGCUACGGCAACGUCUACAGCCCUUUGCCCUCUCCAGGCAGACAGCACGCGGAGCCCAGUGCGCUGGACAGCCCCGCGGGAGGCCGGCUGCAGGACGGCCUGGAGGGGGGCGAGCAGAGGCUCCUGUGGCACGAAGAUGCCAAGCCUGGAACAUUAGUCUGAAGGGCAGCGGGCCCCCUGGCCGAGCACUGCGCCCUCCCACUAGCGUGCCUUGCAGAAUGCGGUCGUCUGCCCAGGGGCUGUGGCUCUGGAAACCCAGGACGGCGGAGGCUGGAGAGGACUCGCCUUGCGGGGAAGGGAGUCCCACACUCAGCCGCACGAAGCCCGCAGGCCCCCUGCCUCCGUCCCGGCGCACACGGUCACCGCGGCCCCACGCAGGACUCGGCCGCCGCGGGCGCUCUGAAAGGGGUACCGGUUGUUGAAGGCGAACCCCCAAACUGUGAAAGGGCUUCCGGGGCCCCAGCGGGAGGGAGGCCGGGCAGGCCCGGCGGGGCCCGAGGUCGCGGCCACCAGGAGCGGCUCCACGCGCGCAGCUUGCACAGUGCUGGGACAUCACUUGAAGAGAAGCUGGGUUCUCAUGAAGCUCUGGAGGCGUGGAAACGUUUCUAGGAUUUUAUAGAGUGACAGUUGUCAUAAGCACCAUGAACUGGGUGCCGGACUUGGCGUGCAUCCUGGGGGAGCUGCGUGGGAGCGCAUCGGGGUGAAGCGGCCCGAGCCCCACCGCCGGCCGGACAGUCGCCGAGGUCUCACCCGGGGCCCUGCGCUGCCAGCGCCGUGACCAGCUGCUGUCCAGGCUGUCAACUCCCCAACUUGGCUGUCAUUGGAAAUGCUAGACUUCAUAUGAAAAGUUUUCUAAUCAAGAAUUUGGAAAAGUAUUUUGAGGUGAUACAGAAAGAACCCAAAACAAAAUAAAGACAAGAAAAAACAAAAAACAAACAAACAUAUUUUAGAUGAGUUGUGUGCCUUAAAAUGGAGACCAUUAGAAAAGUAAGCAUAUUGUAUGGAUUCCACAGGUAGUCUGAGUCACCAAGUGACAGAACAAGAUUAGUCAUUAAAAAAAAAAA